AUGGGGACUGAAAAGAAUCCAAAAGUUAAGUUACAAGACAAAAAGACCUGCACGCUGUUGUGUGUAGUUAAAAUCAUUAAAACUACUCGUGUAAACAGGUGUCGGCUGGAGCAAAAAGGGAAGUUGCAACAGAGCUUUGAAAGUAUAAAGCAGCUUGACAGGUAUGGUCAGCUGAUCCUGGCAAACACCACUGCAGCAGACACAGGUGAAUACAGCUGCUGGCUUCAGCUGUGCAAUGGUAACAAAUGCAGGAAGGAUGAGACUAAAACAGGCUCAACGUACAUCUUUUUCACAGACAAAGAGGAACUUUUUGUGCCUACUCCCCAUUAUUUUGAGAUUGUCUACCUGAACCCAGAUAAACCUGCAGUUGUCCCAUGCCGCAUUACUACUCCUUCAGCAAUAGUAACUUUACACAGGGAAUUUCCAGCAGAAGAAAUUGAAACAGAUGGAACGGAUAUUAUUUAUGAUGCAAAAAAGGGUUUUGUCUACCAGCACCCUACUUCUGAUGAUAAAGGCAUUGUCUACUGCAAAGCGGAGUCACAGGGAGCACCUCAGAUUUCCAUCAAAUAUCACCUAUUGUAUGUGGAAGUUCCCAAGGGCCCACCCUCAGCCACAAUUGAGGCAUCAUCCAGUAGAGCCAAACUCGGUGACCGUGUUGCUGUGAUCUGCACAGUCCUUGGGGAGCCAGAUGUAGAUGUGCACUUCACGUGGCAGUAUCCAGGGGAAGAGUUUGAGUUGCCUGUGAUGGUUAAAAACUUCUCGAGAUUGAUAAACAGAGGAACUGGACAUACUACAAGAAUCUCAAAGAGCCUUCUUCUUGUUGUUGAUUUUGAAGCCAGAGAUGCUGGAAACUAUGUUUGUGUAGCUCAGAACCUACAAGGAGAAACAAUUGUAGCUACUAAAGUUGAACUACAUUGAUAGGAAAGAUUUCUGGGCCUGGACUAAACUAUGUAUUACUUGACAUUAUAGCUAUUAAUUGUCUUUAUUAAUGUUUAAAUGAAGCUUCUUCUCACUG